UCUUUCAUUGGUUAUUGUGAGGAAAGAGGGGCGUUUUCACGACGCAGAGCGGAGAGCCGUGCUGCGGGAGGAGCGAGCAGCGUGUUUCCGGGAGCCAUCUAUCGAGCGUCGCGGAACACACGCGGCAAUGGAAGCCGAGUUUCGGGAAAUCGAUGAGCUCGGGAACUGGAACGCCGUUUACCAGGAGAUUAGGCAGCAGUCCAGUGACCUACCAUGCAAGAUCGCCAAACUUCCAGAAAACAGAAGUCGUAAUCGCUACAGAGACGUCAGCCCAUUUGAUCACAGCCGUAUUCAUCUACAGAUCGGCAAUAAUGACUACAUCAAUGCCAGUCUGAUCUCAGUGGAUGAAGCUCAGAGGAACUACAUACUAACUCAGGGUCCGUUACCAAACACCUGUGGUCACUUCUGGGAGAUGGUGUGGGAGCAGCGCUGCCGAGGGGUCGUGAUGCUGAAUCGCGUUAUAGAGAAAGGCUCGGUAAAGUGUGCUCAGUACUGGCCUCAGCGAGAAGAGAGGGAGGCUGAAUUUGAGGACACAAACUUCAGACUUACUCUGAUCUCAGAGGAUGUCAAAUCGUACUACACAGUACGAGAGUUGGAGCUGGAAAAUCUGUUGACACAGGAAACACGGGAGAUUCUUCAUUUCCACUACACCACAUGGCCAGAUUUCGGCGUGCCAGAGUCGCCUGCGUCGUUUCUCAACUUCCUGAUGAAAGUGCGCGAGUCGGGCUGUCUGAGUCCAGAUCACGGCCCUGUCGUGGUCCACUGCAGCGCUGGCAUUGGCCGUUCUGGAACGUUCUGCCUUGUAGACACCUGCCUUCUACUGAUGUCUCAGAGGGAAGAUCCAUCAUCAGUACGCAUCCAGGAGGUAUUGCUGGAAAUGCGACGAUACCGCAUGGGUCUGAUCCAGACAGCUGAUCAGCUGCGUUUCUCUUACCUCGCUGUCAUUGAGGGUGCCAAGUACAUCAUGGGAGACACGUCUGUACAGGUGUCUUGGAAGGAGUUAUCAAAUGAGGAGGAUCUCCCCCCUGAAUUCACUCCUCCUCCCAGGCCACGGCCCCCAAUAGAUCCUCCUAACGGCAAAGACGACCUGGUGAACUCUGACCCCACACACUUCUUCACUGAGAUCAUAAAAAACAGUGCAGAAACCUGCGCAAACAGUGCACCCCAGACGUUCACAGACGGGCCCGACCUACGCAGACGGAUGGUCGCAGCUGCUGAGGUUGGAGCGACGCCGCAGUCAAGCGAACAACUCAACGACCCAAUCGUUCCAAGAGAAGCCCCUCCCAAACCUGCGCGGUCUCUGCUCAAGACUCCCACCACAGAGGCUGUUCCUGCUCCCGCCAGUGGAGCGUGGAGCCCCCUGAUGGCCACUGUGUGUAUGUGCACGGUCCUGGCUGCAGGUGCUUAUGUCUGUUACCGCAGCUAUUUCCACUGAUGCCCUGUCUUUCGUUCCAUCUCUUUCUCUAUCCCUCCAUCUGCAGGCUAUUGGUGGGAAAAGAGACACACACACACACACAUUCUCAGCUGGACCUGUCUCUCUCAGCUGAGCCCAUCUUACUCUCUCCCAAGUGUUUCUGGGGAAGAGAUAUAGAGGCUUUUCUCUGCCAAACUGCUGUCGUCUCCCUCUAUUUACACUCUUACACACAAUCUAAUAAACGUGUGUCCGUUUAAAACCUCAGGGCCUCACAAUUCAGGUGUUGCUACCUAGACGUUAUAUACAGGUAAAAGAGAAUCCAAAAGACUGUUAUUGCUGCAGUAAGUAAGGGAAAUUUUUGUGUGUAUGUAUCUCAAUCAUAUGGAAUUUUGCAGUUUAUCAGUGAUGGUUUUGGAUGGAGCUGCACAGGAGGUGAGCUCAUAAUACAUGCUGAACACACAAAUCUGCUGUACCUAAUAGGGGGAGGACACGAGUAGUCUUCUUUUCAUCCUUUUUUUCCCCCCCAUCCUUUUGUGUGUAUGCCAAAGGUGACACUGGCGUUUCUUCUGUGUCCUCGUUCAUUCGUUCUCUGUCAAUACCAUUUCCAAAAAGUUCAGACCAUCUAAAUUGCUGGAGCUGAUGUCAAACCUCAGUCAGAUCCAAUCUUGCAGAUCUGCUGGUCCUUCAGAGGCCCACUGCAAUAAAAAGAACUGCGGCUAUUUCACAAGAACUCGCGUUUUAGUUUAUUUCAAAAAAAUUCUAAAAUCAGGCAAGCUUUCUUAAUGGGUCUUUACCCCCAAAUGUGGGUACAUUUAACUUAAAGCGAGCUUUGGAAAUCAAGGGAAAGAAAGCAAGUUAACUUUAAUGAUGGGACAGCAUUUAGUGUGUUUCAUCUAAGAAUAAGCUCAUUCCUAGAUAAUAGAUUAUUAAAUUAACAAAGGUGUGGCAUAGCUGAACCAGCAGGUGGCAGUAUUAUGUUUUUUUUGUUGUUGUUUCUUGUAUUCCCCAUUAGAGAAUAGUGAUUCAUGGGACAGGUUUUGAUUUUUAAAUUAAAAAACAUUGUUCCCAGCUGCAAUACAGAUACGUUCAAAUGCUUCUGGCCUUUGUCACAUGAUUUGAGCAGUGUGCAGUGCAGUCCGACUAACCAAAAAACAAACAAAACACCAGCACCGAAUGAAUGCAAAGAGAGAAACGAUCAGUGACAGUGAGCUGUCUUUGUGUUUUACCGUUUUAUCGUAUUGUUGUCAUAGUAAUUAUUAUCUAGCGAGAUUAACUGCAGACUGGCAUAAACAUUUCCUUCAAAUCAAACCACGCUGCAGAACUGUUACUUUUGAACAAUUUGUGAACAAGUCAAAAUGCAGUAACCUCAAAACAAAUGAAGCCUUUUCUAUAAGUGUAUUGAGGCCUGAAAUGCUUUUAAUUGUGACUUCGCUUUGUGUGAUGACUUUUUUACUGCUGCUUGACCAGUCCAGAAUGGUAAUUUUUGGGUUACUGGGUGGUUUGUCCUGUUUGUAGAGGUUCAAUGUUUCUGGUUUGAAGCUUCUGCCACCAAUCCAUCAUAGUGACUCAGAAUCUGGUCCUGUAGCUGGACCACAGAAUGUAAACUCUCUCUUCUUGAUAGCUUUAUUUACACACAUAUAUAGAGAAAUAUAUUUGUCUGUGUCAUUGUUUGUCUUCUUUCAGUUAUCUUUGGGCUGGUAGACAUCAGAUAUCUUUGGCCUUUGUAUUUAAGGCUUAAGAAUCCCCUGCAACCUGUUGUGUUCUUUGUAAUGUUUAUUAUCUUUUUUCUUCUUUUUUUUUUUUUGUAAGAAAAGCAUAUGCUUUGUUUGCAUAUGUUUUCCAGUUGGAUGUAAGGACAGUUAAAAUUUAAUUUUUCAGACAGAAUACAGAGCAGAUGCUGUGUUAAUAAACGUGUACAUCUCUGAUGA